AAAAAUGACAUUACACUUUUUGGGCGAUUCAUUUAAAAGUUUGUUUAUAUUCGAUUCCCGUAGUCAAGAAAAAUUUGGGAGAAAAUUAGUAUAAUAAAUCUGCUGCGAAAAGUACAGGCAAAAGCGAACCGUAAUGGCUGAAUCCGAUUACUUCGGUUUGGAGCUGCUUUACAAAACGGUGGAAGGUAUUGUUCAAACCAAGUCGGAUGUUUUGAUUGCCGUCGUCCAUUGGUAUCUGAUCAAAAACUCAUUUCGCAACGUCGGAAUCGGUGACGAUAAAACCCUUUCCGACUCGGAGGAAUCGAACGAACUUUUGCCAGACGGAUGGAACAGCAACCCGCUCUCGUACGCAUUGCGAUACGUCAACAACGGCCAGUUAUAUAUCCUGCAUGGGAUCGACAGUGAAGGAACCAUGAUUGUCAAUCUGCUGCAGGUUAAAACGUUGAACGUAUCAAAUACCACUUUUCAAAUCGAUGACACUGUUAAAGCCGUUAAGGGGUCGGUUACAACUCUGAUUUCCGAGCUGUCCACUGUUUUGGACCGAAUCCGAACGCAGCUAUUGGUUCCGGUGUUCGAAAGUAACAAAAAAGAUGGUGGAACGCAAACUGCACAGACUAGCAAGGAACCGGACAGAACUGAACGGGAACCAUCUUCAUUAUUAAUAGGGCCAAGACUGCCGGGAAGGCUCCCAGGGUCGGGCACGCUGGGAGUAGGUAGCGUAGGCCGUGGCGAUCUGGAUCCAUUCGGUCGAGGUGGAGGAGGCAUGCUUUUUGAACCUCCCGGUGGAUUCAAUCCGCUGGGAAAUCUACGAUUCCCUGGGCCUCCCGGUAAUAUCCCAGGAGCACGGUUCGAUCCCUUCGGACCAGCAGUGGGAAACAAUCCGCGGCUGUUCCGCAAUCCGGACCCUAAUCCGGAUCAUAUGCCGCCUCCCGGUUACGAUGAUAUGUUUAUGUGAAUGAAGCAAAAAUGGACAUUUUCACAACGAUAGGACUUGUGCGUGCUGUUGUUUUUGAUUUGAAUUUUAUUUCCGCAUCUAUGAUUGAAAUAAAGGAAUGCAUUAAAA